AUGCAAACUAAUUUCGGCCCUAAGAAUCAUCCCCUGAGAACAUAUUUGCAGUCGCUUAACUUGGACGAAGAAACAGCGGUAUCAACAAAGGAAAUUCCUACAGAUGACACUGCAACACCAACAAAACCUCUGGUCAAUUUCCACUGGCUCUCACAAUUUAUUAACAGCCAGAUAGAAGCCUCAAAAAAGGGAAUUUUCGAGUGCAUUCUUACCUCCAACCACCUUGUCGAAGACGACUAUGUUAUCUUAGAACACUACUGUGCAAUGCUGCCAACGAAGCCUUCCGAAGCCAGCCAACUUCAGCCCAUUAAUCUGUCCCUGAUUGCAUUGGGUGUUUUGGUUCUAGCUGUGUCGCUCUGUGUGACGCCUAUUUCACUUGCAGCUGCCUUCUUAAUUGGGAUUUUUAGUUUGUGGGUCCUCUUACGGCUAGUCGCCCUUCGCGUCUUUGUCGUUUUAAUCAAACGCAUAAUUGCCGACUUGAAGGAGUUUCACGAGUCAGUCAAAAAGUCCGCGCACUUCCUCCAAGGACUCACAUACUCCGAAUGGGGUCUGACGUUCGCAGCAGCAGGCAUGAAUCGGAGGGCCAGCGCGAGCAGCGUGUUUCCCUCAUUCACACGGCUGCUGCACAAGGUGACCGUGGACUACCUGACCCAGGUAUCGCAGCUGUCCCGUGCCGCGAGUGACGUCUUCCACGACGCCUCGGUUGUGGACGCCGGUGGCUGCCUCGCUGAGGUUUCUCCCGAGGUUACUGCUGAUGCGGCGGCAGACGCAAGCCUCUCCAGCAUAAAGGCACUCUCCUAUCCUUUCCCUUAA